UGUGUGGUUCAUGGCAUAACCUAAAAUCAAAACCUAUGUGCUCUAUCAAUUCCGUAUGAUCCACGAUGCUGUCGGGCUUGAUCAAACGCGUUAGCUUUUUCUCAAGAUGAGGCUCGACAGGUUGCUUGCUGCAGGGUCCAAGCACCUCCGAAGCUGUCGCCGCAACCACAAACAAUGCAGCGAGAAGUCCAUUUCAACAACGCUCUAUACUGCAAUUCACGCUUUGUAGUCGGUAACACUCCCAGUAUCCCCUCUGUGUCAUUGUCGCAUGCUACAUAGCGCCUCGCGAAUCUUUACUCGGCGCGGCAUAUGUUCUUCACCUGGAACGAACCUAUGGUGCUCUAAUAUCCGCCGCGAUCAUUUUAUCCAUCCCUCGUCCAGGUCAUCGACUACGUUCUGCCGCCCAUUUCCGCCGUGGACCGAUUAUCCUGACACGUACAUAACCGAAGAGGGAAAGAUGGCAGGUGGAGGAAAGCCGAAGUUCUAUGGAGUAGCCGCCGGACGCAAACCAGGCGUGUAUACAGAUUGGCCGACUACGCAAGCGCAGAUCAGCGGUUUCAGUGGUGCCAAACACAAAAGCUUCAAGACAAAAGAAGAGGCCGAGGCUUUUGUUCGUGGCAUCAGCGCACCCAUCAGCCUACGAGGAGAUCUCUCUGCAUCCAGGUCCCCAUCGGCGACAGAUCAUCUGGACAGGAGCACGGAGGUAUCGGAGAGUGCACCCAAGCGCCAAAAGAAGGAGGAUGCAUCGCCAGCACCCCUCUUGGACAACCAAGACAUCAAGUUCGAGCCUGGCCUCGGCCCCCUCCCGCUCAACGCAGUAGAUGGUUUCGACCCGAGCCUCAAGCUCGACGACAAAACAGGCAACAUCAGAGUCAAGACAGACGACGAACUUGGGAAAAGGAAGAGACAGCCGACAGGGGAUUUCAAAGGCCCCGUUGUUGUAUACACAGAUGGUGGUUCGCGGGGCAAUGGCAAUGCAGGUGCGAAAGCCGGUUGUGGUGUCUACUUCGGCCCAAGAGAUCCGAGGAACGUCCAAGAACCUCUCAAGGGCGAUGUCCAGACCAACAACCGAGCCGAACUAGUCGCAAUGGCCCGAGCAAUUGACCACGUUCCCAUCGAUCGCGACCUUCACAUCAUCAGCGAUUCAGAAUAUUCCAAAAAUUGCCUUACAAGCUGGGUUGCAGGCUGGGAGAGGAAUGGCUGGAGGAACAGCAAGAACAAAGAGGUGGUGAACAAGGAUAUCAUCCAACCCAUUUUGGCAAGGAUACGGGAACGUGAGAAGUGUAAAGCUCAGACUCUCAUUACCUGGGUGAAGGCCCACGCGGUAGACGAAGGCAAUAUCGCAGCAGAUGCACUGGCCAACCAGGGCAUGGACAAGUGGACCACUGAGCUUGCGUCAGGAGAGGUCUUUGAUAUGUCAGAGACCCUCAGGACAAAAUACAGAAACCCCAACGAUCCAAAAGACGAAUUCGACGAUGCAGAAGAGAUCGAAGGUUUGUUCCGCGAAAUGGCAGAAGAAAAUCCAAAUGGGUUUGAGGGCGAUCCUCUAGCUCAACAUGAUCCAAAGCCCAACGAUGUCCCACAACAAGGUGUUGCAGCUGCCGCGCAGGAGAUCGAAGGUGCAUGGCCUGAUGACCCACAACUCCCCUCGAAUGUGAACGGCGAGCAGAAAGAGCCGGAGUUGGAAGUCACGAAUUAGACGAUUUUCAUAAGUCGGAAACCAAGCAUGAAUAUGGUUGGAUGACGUAAAGGCACCAAUCUCGACAACAGGACGCUGCAAACCGUCGUCGU